GAAGGAGCCGUGGCUCCCUUUACUAGGCUAGGCAGAGUUAAAUUUUGGAAGAGGUUAGAAAUGUAAAUUAGAAUAAGGAGCUGUAAGUUUGAAGUUAAUCCCUCAUGCCAGUUGGAAAACGGAGAAAAAGCUCACAAUCCGAAUGCGGCAACAGGGAAAAGCAAGGAGUUCGUAUGACAACGGACCACAGCAAUGUGGGUAUUGAGGAAAAACCAGGUACGUCAAAAGAGUCUGUUGCUCUGCCGGCGACAGUCCCGCAAAGAGCAGGUGACUUGGGAGAUGCGAUCGUUGCCAGCGGGACGAGCACGGAAAAGGAAAAAAUCGACGAGGUGGAUAGCAGGCUUCCGGCACCAGUAAUGCCUGUACCAACACACAUGAGCACACGAUCGAGUACCAGAGUCAUUAAAAAGCCACGCAGAGAUACACAAAGCCCCACCCCCUCUCCUGUUAAAAAAACAGCCACAAAAGAAACAAAAACUGGAACCCCUGAAACAAAAACUAAACGUCAGUGGGAAUUGUGGGGAAAUGCAGACAAGAAAACAUUUUUUGAUGGCUUGUAUGAGUUUGGCAAAGACUUUGAUGCUAUUCAAGGACUUAUUGCUCAGAAGUGCAAGAGGAGAGGAGUGCCGCCUGCUUUGAUUAAAAAUAAGGACCAAGUACGCCACUUCUACUACAGGACAUGGCACAAGAUAUCAAAGUACAUCCACUUCUGCGAAGGAGUGAAAAAACAAAUCCAGGAGCUGUAUGGCCUGAUUAACUAUGGAGAAAUGCGGAAGCGAAUAGGUGGAAGUGUGGAUGAGAGAUAUCUUCACAAAUUAAAUCAGCUGAUACAUAAAGGAAGUACAUAUGUGAGAAUCAAGGGAAAGAAUCACAGGGUCCGCACACCUGUAUGUAAUGCCUUGAAGAAGCUGAAUCGUGUUGAAGAGCCAAAAGCAGACAACUCGCCAAAAGUGCCUGCCAAAGUAUCGCUGGAGGUUGUAGCACGAACGAACUGCGCAUGGUCACAGGUCCAGGAGCUGGCUCAAAACCCCAGACUGAGGAUCAGCCUCAAGGCUAGCCACAGGCUUGCUGCCGUCAUUGCCUUUUUAGAGAAGAAAUGGAAACCUCAGCGCUUACGCAUUAAAGAGAGUUUGGACACCCCAGAGGCCACUAACAAACAGCUGAGACUGUUCCCUCACAAAGACUGCCAUAUCCACCCAGUUUCACUCAAGACAGCUCAAGUGCAAGUUAGGCCAGAGCUACACUUUGACAGCUACAAAGAAAAUGUCCUUGGUCUUGUUGGUCCCAAAACAGUACAGAAGGAGGUUGAGUUGGAUGGGAUGGGAGUGAAAAAUGAGAAUUCGCAGUCUGGUGCAGAAGGUGGUGCAGUUACCUCCCCUGAGACGAAGAAAAUAGUUCCAAAUUCCACAGUAUUACAGAGUCCAGGAAUCAUCCUGGAGGAUGAGAAUGCCAUGUUCCCUGAUGACUUUGUGCUCUCCUGCACCUCAGACACUGGAGCUUCAAGUUCUUGUAAAAAUGAGACUUUGGCCUCUGCGCUUAACGGGGCCGAGAACAAAGUGCCCUUUAAAUCUGUGAUAUCUGUUAACAAUGUUUUUAGUGCUAGUCAAAAAGUGUUGACUCAUAAUGAAAAUGCCACUGACAUUCUGUCUGGCACUUCAAAAGAAGGGGAGACAACUGAUGGUCUCCCUGAAGUGCUGGACAAGGUGGACUAUGAGGACAGAAUACGUAAAGGCUGGUCACUUGGUGAUUGUGAAAGCCUCACCUUGGCUGAGUUGUACUUGAUGUUUGGGGAGGGUGGGAAGCUGAAAGUGGAGUAUGACUGGUGCGAGAUUAAGCCUGCCAGUGUCCUAGCCUUGCAGCAACUAACCAAUCUUCUGAGGAGACUGGUCCACUUGGCAACCACAGAAUUCACAGACUUUUCCAAACUCAAGCAAGAAUCCCAGAAGCCAAUUGGUGGCCAAGUUCAGACACUGUGUCAGAAAUGCUCAGCCCCUAUCCUAGGAGGGGUGUCCACUGUGAAAUCCAACAAUACCAAGUGUGCUGCCAAGGGUACAGCUGCCAAGUCAACAUCAUCACCCAGCAAUAAAAGUGCUAAAAAGGCCAGGGCGUCCAGCCCAGAGACGAGGGACCCUGUUUUCCGGGUACCGGCAGCUGUACUCACACAGGGGAUUCCGCCUCCCAGGCUCCCCACCCCAGGAAGGAUUAAUGUACAGGCUGCAGCAGCUCAGGCAGGUAUGCUGCUGAGCGCGAGUGGUCCUUACAAGAGAAACCGCCCUCCCUUGAGGAAGCCCAUGAUUGUGAAGAGACGCUUACUCCCAAAGGCGCAUGUCCCAGGGCAUCAGUUAAUGACUCUUGCUAUGGUACCCACAUCCACAAUGGCGGGCACAGCACAGUUUCUCCCUAUGAGCCAACCUGUCGCUACAACUUUAGCCCCUGCCCCUGUGAGAACACCUUGUAUUGCUCCCCGUCUCCCUGGGCUGGAGACUACACCCCGCCUUACAGGGGUUGAGGUAGCCCCAGGCCUCCCAGCUAUUGAUGCUGUAAGUGUUAACCAGCUGUCGGGGCUUGAGGCAGUGAACCAGCUCCCAGGGCUUGAUGGUGCCACCUGCCUCCCAGGACUGGAGGCUGCCCCCCGUCCAGUACUAGUUAAUGCAGUCCCAUCCUUACCUAUUCCAGCAUCAACAACAGUGUCUACAUCUUCACCAACAGAUGUAUGUCAGAGUGAUAGCUCCCUUGCUUGUCAGCUUGAGGCGGACCUGGCAGCAAUCUUACCCAAUACCUCUCCACAAGGAACUCUUGGGCCCCCUGCAUCAUCAGACGUACCUGUGCAAACAUCACUUUCAAGUCCAUUGAUGACCCCAUCUGGCAGCCCCAACAGUCUGAGGGCCUCUCCUGGAGGUGGGGCCGCCCAGACCCUUAUCUCUCCCCCGAGUAUGUCAAGCAUAUUGGAACUGUCUUUCGCACAGCCUGCCACAGGUUUAAGGAGUGAAGACAAGAUAUUAGAUAUGGCAAUGGGAAAUCGAUCUUCUGGGUAUUCUGGGCUUCCCGAGAAAAGCACAGUAGAGAAAAACCAGACUUUUGUCCAAGAUACAAGUCCAGCCACAUUUGGCUUGUCAGAGAACAACCCACCCCUAGGACAGUCCCCCUUCAAGCUUAGUGACCUAGGUACAGAUUCCUCAUGGCUUGGGCCAGAGGUGUCUGAUAUCUCUCUAAGUGGGUUUUUGGAGUCCCCAGAGAAGCAGUCUAGUGACAUCCCAAUGACAUCAAGUAUGGGUGUGCCACCCCCAAACCUGUUCAGUGACACCUCCAGGGAUCUCUCCAGAAUGGAUGUUGACUCGACGUUGCAGUGUAUGUUGAACGAGAGUAGUAUGGACUAUGCUGCUAAGUUUGCUGAUAUUGCUGCUCAAAUGGCUGCCUCCGUGGAUCACAACAGGAAAUCAGACAGUACAGGUCACCUCAGCAUGGAUACUGUGCAGUAGUAAGAGCUUCCCAAGCCACAGACAUCAUUAAUACUGACACAACUGGUGUAGCAGGUCAAAUCUACACAGGUCACCAGGUACUGUGCUGCAGUAUAGGGAGACAAACCAUCUGAGAAUUUCUGCACUGUAGAGUCAGGGAGGUAUUUACUCUACACAGUAGCCAAAGCUACAAAGGCUACCUAGCUGCACACACUAUGCCAUAGGAACGGAAGAUACAAGCCACCUGUGGGCUGACCCACUGCUAUAGCCAAGGGGUGUCCAGCAGGAGCACAGGAUCUGUGCAGGAUUGAAUCUAACAAUGUGCUAUAUAGCUGAGAACACACCUGUCAACUUGAGAUUAUCACUGUGCUUCAAUGAAGUGGAUGUAAAUCAUCUGAAUUUCAGCACUCAGUACUCAUGGUGAGGGCAAUAGAGCUGACCUACAGGUACAUCAUUGCUGCCUCCCAACCGAGAGGGAGUACAGGCACUGCUCAGUCUGACACAUCUAAUGUGCAGACCUUACACAAAGUUAUACAUUUUUAUUAUUUGCUAUUUAUUGUUUGUAUCAGGAUAAUCCUGGAUUAGCUGUAGAGUGCACCUGUUUUACCUAUGCAGACACUGAUUUUGUAUGUAUGUCAUAUCUUUCUCAAUGAGGUGGAUAUGUCCAGAAAGUAUUUCACUUUUUUUUUUUAAAUUAAGUAUCUUGGUUUUUAUCUUUUUUGCUUGAUUGUUUUUUGGAUGAGCCUAUCAGUAAUCAGUAUAGACCUUUCAUGGUGAAAUUUAUGCUUUACUUUAAAGUUCAUAAUAUUAAGCAGAUUUUUCCACCCAUUUUACUUUCAGCACACGUAGAAACUACAGUCCAUUCAUUGAAAAUUGCCUGUUGUAUCAGUUUAAAAUUUUCUGUGACAUUGUAAAGUUCUUAAAUAACAUAAUAACAUGAUCCAACACUAUUGUUACCCAGCCUGUGAGCUAUGUUUGACAGCAUUAGUAGAUUAAAGGGGAGUGCUCAGUAGUAAUGUAUGAUCAGGACUCGGAGAAUUGUACACAGCCCAACUUCUGUGGUCAAGGUUGAAAGAGACAUCUGCGUUAACAGCAUACAUGUUUUGACUGCAGAUGACUGUGAUUUCUUUGCUGCAGGAUAAGCAAAUGCUUGUGGCUUGUCUAUUCGUGUUAAGGGAGUAUUAAUCACACACAACUCCGCAAACUCUGAAAAAUAUACGUAAAAUAUUAGAAUUGAACCGAAUAAUAAUGCUGAAGUCUUCAGUGUUAUAGGAUUGUUAUACUUGUGACCUGUUCUGCUCCAGCAUACUAUGGUAAUGGAUCGAAAAUCAUUUGUCCAUGACUAAGGGCACUGUACGAUUAUGCGGAAACACAGGUGUCGCCAGCCUAUGAGGACCAUUCACGUUUGGCUAGGGUAGGUUGACGACAGCAGUGUUUCCAUAUAAUCAUAAGCACCUUAAGUUUACGUUGUGCAGAAAGUUCUAUGAUUUAUCUGUUGAAAAGUUUUCUGUAGGUUGUUUGUAAGGUAUAUAUAUGAUGGUAACUGACUGAAAAAAUGUAAAAUCUAGCACCAAAAGUAAUGUUUUAUGACCUUUAUUUGUUUCCAAAAAUGCGAUUUUGGGGGGGGGGGGGAAUCUUAGGUCAUCUAGCAUACCACUGAUACCUGGACUGACUUAAAACUGCUGUCUGGGCAUUAUGUUGACAAUCUACACAUCUGUUUUGUCUGCAUGCUUCUGGUCAGUACUUAUGGUGAUAUUGUUAUUUAGCUGCUAUGACUGGCUUUAUCAUCACAGUAUAACAAGAUGCUAGACUGAGAUAUAGACUGUUACUAUAGCUGUGGUUAAGUAUUAUCUGCUUUUUUAUUCAGUGACAGUGAUUUUGAAAAAGUUAUUGAUAAAUGAUACCCUAAUUCUUUUGAUUUUUGGGACAUGUGCUCUGCUGUUUUUAGACAGUAUGCAUGUAAUUGUAGCAGGAAUAUUUAGUUCCCUUUUUUUCAAUCUCAAGAUUAGUCAGUCUGAUGAACAACAUAUUCAUAUCUUCACUUCCAGUAAACUGGAAGAGAAAUGUAAUUGUGUCCAAUUAGGAGUGCUACUAUCUGUCCUAAAAAUUAAAAGAAUCAGGGUAAGUAUUUCAUUAUAAAUCAUAUGAAUGUGUUCUUAACCCUAACACAGCAUGAUUCUGUGGUGAUUAUUUUGUAACCUCAAUUUUUAAGAAUGGUCAAUUUGAGAAUAAUGUUCUGUUCUUUAAUUGGACUUCAAUAAAUGCCUAGUAAAGGGUCAUGAACCCUGGGGCCUGGAUUUAUCAAACGUCCUAAGACUUAAGGGAGAAAUUAAAAAAUCAAGGUUUUUGGCUCUAGAAAGUUUAAAACCUGUACCUUGAUACUUCAGAACAGUGUACUAAACACAGAGUUCUCUCCUAUUCUGAGUUUGGCUUUUUAAGGACUUGAAAUUUGUUGCAAAGGUCUUUGAGUUACUUGAUAAAUUCGGGCCCUGGUGUAUAUUACUAGCUGUACUUUGCCUUUAGGAUCAAAAUGUGUCAUGCUUCAGUUCUAUCGUUUUUGUCCGUCUUCUAGUUCAUGCUGUAGCAGUCACGUUUCUUGCUUCACGGCUGGCAUCGCACAGCAUUAUUAGAAGAUGGAUAUACCCAGAGUAGAGCCAUGAUAAUUUGCAACCUUCCAAGUCGCGGUGAACCAUUAGUGUUGUGCAGUAAAUCUAUUGUGUUAACGAGUCAAACAAACUAACUACAAGGUCUCGGUCUAUGUAUAAUACGUUUUAAGAGAGUUUAUGACAUCAUAAUCUAGUUUUAAAAGGUGUUUUAUCCGUUGUGUAAUCUUUAAUACUAUGGCCAGAUAUAUUAAGGUUAACAUUGUCAUGGUGUCAAGGGUGACCUUUGUGAUUAAUUCACCAGGGGAAAAGGGUACCUUGAAAAAUGUGCAGCAAUGCAGAUAUUUAACAUCAGAGGCGAGAGAGUUUAAACUGGUCACUCAUGUCCGAGGCUGCGUAUGAUGAUGUGGAAAUAAUGUAACAACCACUAGCUUAGCCUGACCAAUCAGAUGGAGUUUAUCAUCAUUAUUGUCCUAUGAUUGGUCGGCUGAACUACGGUAUGCUACAAGGCUGGCUGGCAAUUUCUGAGGGGCAUUGCUGUGAAAUCUCAAUAUCUCCACCUUCCACACAACUGCUGAAGUCAGAUCUACUUAACUAGUAAGUUGCAGUAUUCCUUUAACCAUAACCUUUUGAAAUCCUGUUAACAUGGCACCUUAUUAUUAGACUUUGUCUGUUUCAAGCUUGAGCCUCUGACGGUUGGCUACAGGUGGGUAAAUGGAUAUGCUUAUGCGGACAGAGGAGUUAGGGUGAUAGGAGAACAAAGUUGAAAGAAAAGAACAACAAAAGAUUAGGUCAUCCACAUGCUUAACCAUUAUAAUUUGCACCGCAACUCACGCAGUACCUGUAACAUAUGCUCUAUAAUUAGCAGUACUAGUGGUGGCUUGGCAAAGUCAUUUUGGGCUGAAUUUUUGU